ACGGAACGGCUGACCCAACCCAAAGCUGUUAUUAAAUGGUGGCUCCCCACUUCCAACUACUACGAGUCUAGUGACUACAAUAAUCCCAUUCUCCAGUCUCCACCAGCUCCACCGUCUCCUCAAAACCCCAUUAUUUCCACCUCGAUUUUCAACAGCAGCUUCAGAGCUAUCGGAGUGAGUUAGGUUAAUCUUGUGAUCACAAAAAAAUAACACAUUUAAAAAAAAAAAAAAAAAUGUUGCCAGCAGCAACAGCAAGUGCCAGCAGAACUCCAUUUGUUGCCAGCGGCGGCGGGUUUCAUCAUCAUAUCGCCAGGCCCAGAUCCGGCGGGCUUUCUGCACUAGGCCUUGGUCUCGCCAAGCGGCAGGUGAUUUCGUCGUCGGCGGUGAAAUGCUCGCUCUCAUCGACUCCGCCGUCCGCCGCCGCCGGGAUCAAGAUGUUGGGCCGUCCUUGUACCUCCGCCACCUUUCCACAUAUGAGGCCCUGCCCUUCACGACGCACUGCUGACGUGGCUGUCCGGAGUGCCGGCGUUGACCCGAUGGCAGUAGCAGACGCUCUCCCCGCUGGGAUCUCCCUCCCCUUCGAUCUCCCUCACGAUUCCCAAUGGCAACUAUGGCUUCUAGGUGCGGUGGCGAGUUUCGCUAUACCAUUGGCAACCGGCAAGUUGGGCCCGCUCGGGAAGUUAUUCGAUAAGUUUGAUGCGGCGGUGGACACGGCACAAGGAGUGGCGGAGAUGGUGGAUCAAGUGGCGGAGAAGGUGGAGGAAGUGGCCGACGACAUCGGGAACAGCCUGCCGGCGGGUGCUCUGAAAGACGCACUGGAGUAUGUGGAGAAUCUGGCGGACCAGACGGAAAAGGCUGCUGAAUACGCUGGCGAUCUUCUCGAUAAGGUGGAAGAAGUGGGGGACAAGGUAGAAGCAUUUGCGGAGUCAGCCAUCGCCAAGAAACCCAGCUCCAGUUCCAGUUCCAGUACUAGUGUGGUGGUGUCACAAGAAGUGAAAGCUGAGAUUUAAUCAAAUACAUUCCUGCACUUCUUACUGCGAAAUUCAUGGUCAUUAUAUGGUGUAUGGACUAGGACUACAGGUGAAGAGAGAUUAUCAUGUUGAAGACGCAACGAUGACUUCCAAUUGUCUCGUCCUUAUUGUAUGUACAAACUGCACUAUGAUUGUGGUGGAAUUGUCCAGUCCGUUUAGAAGCUAGCUAGUGUCUGUCAGUGUAAACCCUUUACAAAUAAUCUCACCCACUCCUCCAAAAAAACAACAUCACUAUCUAGUGUCUUUCACCAGGAUCCCAUUGAUACUUGUGACAUUCAUUUGGAGAUAAAUUAAACGAAGCCUAGUUUGGUAUCUAGCAUCACAUUUGUUGUGAAAUCAUAACG